AUGAAUGAAGAAAAGCAAGCUCUAGUUAGAGAAUUACAUAAACCAGCUAGAAGAAAUUAUGCUAGGCGAAAAGUUGACAUACGAGCUAUCGAUGACACUUGGCAAGCCGACCUCGUGGAUAUGCUAACAUAUGCAAAGAAAAAUAGAAACUACAAAUACAUCUUAACGAUCAUUGAUAAUUUUUCGAAAUUCGCCUGGGCUGUUCCUGUGAAGAAUAAAUCUAGUGAAGAUAUUUCAACUGCAAUGAAUUUACAAGGCAGUUACAAAUGGUUAGAUAUUUUGCAAGAUUUACUUUUCUCGUACAAUAACACUAAGCAUCAAACCAUUAAAAUGAAGACAAAAGAUGUAAACAAAAAUAAUGAAAAGGCAAUUUUAUUUAAUGUAUAUAAAACAUUCGUUGUAAAAUCUUCGAAAAAGAAACCGAAAUUUGAAAAAGAAGAUAAGUAA